AUGUUGGGCUUUGAUGUCACGGCAGUAUGGGAUCGUCUGAAGGAAUUGCUUGAAAUGAACGUUAAGUUGGGGCAGCUUCAGAACCGAUCACAAGAAGUUGACAUUCAGAUCACAGCAUAUGCUCAUGACAGAACCAGAAACAAUGAAACAAUCAGUGGGAUUGAUAAGGAUAUUAAGGGCUUGCAGGAAAAACAGGCGACGCUGAUGUCAAUUGAUGUGGCCAAAGGUUCUGAAAUUUUGCAAGUUGCAAUCAAAAGCAAAUGCUAUAACUGA